AAGAAAGGCGUCCGUAUUCCGUAUUCCAUAUCCGUAUUCGUUUGAAUACUUUUCUAGUGAACCAUGAAUUUUCUUGAAGAGCAGACAACUUGUCAAAAUAUGACAAUACAAUAAGGGGUGAAGAAAAGGACAGAAGGUGACGGGUCAGAGAAGAAAGUCAUCUUUUUCCUGACAUCAAGAAUGAUACCAUUUGUGAAAGGGUUUAUACAUCCAAAUCAAUGGCAUCAUGUUAGGACGAUCCUCCACCUCCAGUGUCAUGUUUAUUGCAUACAAAUCCUGUGCCUUUCUUUAAAAGGUCAGGUAUCUGCUUUUGGGAUGUAUUAAACCACAGCCCAGAUAACAUGACGGUCAUACAGCGGUAGACUAUCAGGAAGGCCUAUGAAGCAAACAACUAAAGUUUCACGUCUAAAUCACACCUUAUCUUGAAUAUUUCUCUGCAGAAGACAUCAAACGCUUAAUGGUAAACAGGUGCACGUCUGAUUACUUUCCUAGGCUCUACAUGAAACGUUUUACUUAUUACAUUACAUUAAAAUCAAAUAUUUUACGAUCAGCGAAGAACUAGCGUGAGUCAUCUGGCUGAAUACUGGCUGAUUCAAUUAUAAAGCUGAAGGGGACUAAAGGCAAUCAGGGUAAAUAACUUUUAAUAAUUGAUAGGAACCAAGUUAUAAAAUGAAAGACCAGUUCUGUCUUAAGGAAACUUAUUGCUCUCUGGCAAGAAGUUUAACAAGACAUGCUGGAUUUCUUAAUCCUAGUAAGAGAAAUAUCCGGGAAUUUAGAAAUAUCAAGAUUAUAUAUUCCUCAUAAACUAUAAAGUCGCACUUUUCGUUUUGAUGAUUGAAUUAAUAUUAAGUCUUUGAAUAAUAAAUGGCUAGCUUGUGGCUGAAUUAAAGAGUUUUCAUCCACGAAUUGAUUGAUACAAGCCAAUCUACAUAUCAAUAGUACGUAUCGAAAAUUACAUAGAAAAUGCAAGUACAAGACAUUGAGGACUAAAAUUCUGUUCCGUUAAUUUGCACGGUUUAUGAGUUAAUUCCCAGUCAUGAGCAACCUGAAAUUUUCAUCUAGCUACAAAGCGAUAGAAGUUGGACUCUUGGAUGGAACAACAAUCGCGAGAUCCAUUUAUAAGCAAUCAAAGGCCUCUGAGUUGGUCGACAACUUGCUGCAAAUGUUCAACGUUGUCGAAAAGGACUAUUUUGGUCUUUACUACAUGUCAGACAAGCAGCGUAAAUGGCUGGAGCUCAAAAAGAAAAUAUGGCCUCAAAUCAGGCAUCUAGAUCCCCCGUAUGAAAUCUGCUUUGGAAUGCAGUUUUAUCCGCAGAAUCCUGUUCUCUUGCAAGAAGAAAUCACGAGGUAUCUGAUGUUUCUGCAGCUGCGCAAAGACGUAAUCGAAGAUAGGCUUGUAAUUACUGACAAAGAUCGUUCUGAGCUUUGUGCCUUCAUUUUGCAAGCAGAAGGCGCAGUGUCGAACAGUGAGAGCUAUCUCACAAAACACCGCUCUUUCUUUGUGCAUCUUGAGAACAGUUCACCAGAAUUCGAGGCAAGGAUCCUGGAGAUCCUCUACAAUUUGUCAGGAAUGGAUGGCUUGCUUGCUGAAGUCAGGCUGAUUGACAGCGCCUUCCAAGUGGCGCAGUAUGAUAUUGAGCCGUAUCCUGUUCGCUCGGAAGCAUUUCCAAGCCUUAAGCAGUUAGGCCUAGUGCUUGCACCGCUCGGUGUGACGAUAUAUCAAGGAACAACCCGGCUUGAAGUAUUCAAAUGGACAGAGAUAUGGAACGCUGGCUAUGAUGCAAAGGUAUUUUGGUUGCGGAUUUUUCGAGACGGAGAAAACAGUCGACAGAAAUACGUCUUGCCCAAUAGCCGUUUGUGCAAAGUUGUUUGGAAAUCAUUUAAGCAUCAUUUUAAGUUCUACAUUCGCGAUCAUAGCAUCCCGCCCAAGGUUGCUUGGGGUAGAGUGGCACCUACUGUGAACCGUGGAAAUCUAAUCGAAGAAAAGUUGCAACAGGGACAAGUCCGGUCCUACAUUAACCACGCCACCUCGAUGCAAAUGGGGGAGCAAAAGUUUGUACCGACAACUGAGUUAUGACUUUUGAAGAAGUUAAAUUUUAUCAUCAUCAACAAAGAGAAUAAAAUAUCUACAACUUAUAGCAAAACUUCUCAUUUAAAUUUUGCAAACAGUGUUUUCAAACUUGUGCGAACAGCUCUAAUAAUGGCUGCUGAAAAAUAUAUUGACUACAGACCAAAACAUAUUGCAUUGAAAGAUAAAAUCUUUUCCUACAACCUAAA